AUGUCCUGGCCUGGUCCAAGUGAUCCCAGUGACUGUCAGAUACAUAAUGGCGCAACGAGAAACUUUGGCCUGACAGUGCCAAAUGGACAUCCCAAGAAGCAUAAAACGGCGGAAAGGUUAAAGAUUUUUCGGCAAUGGCUAGCAGACACGGACGAGGAUGAAAGAAAAUUGCUAAUUAGAGGAGCUUUAUUGAAUGACUGCGAUUUACCAAAUCUGGAAUACAUUAGCAUGUUAAUAUCACGGUUACGUGUUGCAAGAUCUCGUCCAACAACGAAUGGAAGUAAAGAUCCACUCACGCUACUUCCAUCACAUAUUGUGCUUCGUAUUAUGGCUUAUCUAGACCCAGGUUUAAAAUAUACCUUUCCUGUGAAAUUUCUGUCCUGUUUGGAGCAUCUUUAUACCUUCAUUCUUCAGUUUCCCUCUGCCGAAGUUCUCGUGUAUCUCGCUAUUGGCGCCUUGUUUGUUCUGAACCUAUGCUAUGGCGAACGCUAUGCCAAUUACCACGUGAAUUUCGUCUCUGUUCUGCGGAAGCAGAAUCAUCGCAGUUACGAAGCCACACGUCCGAAUGUGGUACAGUUCGAUGGAAAGAAGCGUUCUCUGAACGCUACAGACUUUGGAGAAAUUGGCACGCAGGACGGCCACGCCGGAAAGAAACAAAAGAUGUGUUUGUUGGUGUCUGGUUCUAAUGAUUUUUCAAUCAAAGUGUGGAAUGUCGAUGUUAAUCCGAGAUGGUCUUCCAUCGGAUGCCGUAUGACAAUGCUUGGUCAUUCAAAUUAUGUCAGAUGUCUACAGAUGGAUCAUGAACAUUUAAUAAGUGGAUCAUAUGAUAUGCAUUUGAAGUUAUGGUCGCUGAAUACUGGAGCUUGUGUACGAACACUUGUUGGCCAUAACGACUCAGUGCUAUGCGUACAGUAUCGUGAUCGUGACUCAUUAGCUGUUUCUGGAUCGGCUGAUAAUUCCAUCAAGUGUUGGGAUACAAGAACGGGAAGGCCAGAAAUGACGAUACACAAUGCGCAUGAUAACGCGGUCACAUGCGUCCGUUUCGAUGACCAUAGAAUCGUUUCUGGUAGUGUUGAUAGGAAUGAUAAAAAUGUGGGACGUACGAACGGGAAAAUGCAUGCAUACGAUUGA